GUUUUAAUUUAGAUGCUCAUCUUGAAGGUAAAAUGCAUACUAUAAAAGAUUUAUCUUGUAGGAACAGAAAUGAAAAUUGCCCCGGGUUGUUUUAUGUGAAAAGAUCCACAUGUUCACUUUGAAAUCUGAAUAUGAAUAAGCCUCAGUUCACUGAAUUUUUAAUGGUUGGUGUCUUUAAGAGACUUUGUGUUUCCCUCAGUCAGUCACUUUAACAGAAAAUGUGCAACGCAAUUUGUGUUCUCAGAAAACUUCUCGACAGCAAAUAGAACAUGGUUUGUUUUCAGUUGGCGUAGCACCUCGUCCAAAGAGACUAUUCUCAUUGUGUUGCUACGACCAAAAGAAGAGAUUGUGUCAGUUCUUCCAACGAAAUGAUUGCGGCGCGAGGCGUCAGGGUUGUAAGAGGUGAGGGAUGGAGUUACAAUGACCAAGAUGGCGGAGAAGGAACUGUUGGAACAAUCAUUCAUGUCAGAAGCGAUCUGCAAAGGCUGCUGGUGACUGUCAUUUGGGACAGUGGGCUCAAAGGUUUCUAUGAAAUCGAUGACAAAAGACCAGGGACGAUUGUUGCUCAUGAUGCCAGACAAAGUGGGGAAAAACACAAUUGUAAGUGUUAUGAGUGCAGUGAGGUUAUCAUCGGCACCAUAUGGAACUGUCUCAUCUGCACCUCCAUUGUUCUCUGCGUCACUUGCUACAUGAAUAACAAACACGAACUUGCGCACCCAUUCAGAAGAAAAUCCGGUCACAAAGGCUGCUGGGUCAGUCUUCCAGAAAGAAUAAAUUCUACUGAAGUCAUGUCAAAGGGUCUCUUUCCUGGUGCCACGGUUGAAUGCACCUCAACGUUACGCCAAACGGUACUCCGAAGUACCUUCCAGUCCUUGGAUGACAACUUUGGCAGAAUCAUCAACUACGAGAGUUGCAUUGGCAAUUCCUUAAGUGCUGUUUGUGUUGUUUGGAAUCAGAGUCUUAAGAAAACUGUUUAUCAACUUGGUAGAGACGGCAAGGUUGAAUUGAGAUGUACAGUCGCAGGCUACGGUCCUACUUUCUAUAAAGGUCACCUGCCAAAGAUAGUGAAGCCGCCAGAAAUAAACACUCGGUCGCGCGGCUACACGACUAGUCAGAUUCCGCUUCACCGCAGUUUACAAUAUAGCUCAUUGCAAGCCUGUCAGACUUCUUACGUGAAGCCUGAAGACGAUGUUUACGAAAAUAGAAAUGCCAAUUUUUACUCGCAUGUUCUGAGUUCGCAGGGGGCGAGUGGACAAGGGCAAAUGACAGGAAACCAUAGGUACACAAAGUCUUCAACUGUUGACACAAAAUCGUUUAAAGUUGCCAGUGAGAAUAACAAUAAAGCUAUUGAGCGAUUUGCCGAAGUAUCUUCAAACCUCAAUAGAUCAUCAACUCCCAUGCAAGAUGACUGGCGACUGUCUUCAAAGCAACCAUCUUCUAGAAUAGAUCAAUGUGGUAGCAAAAUACCACGUGGUGGCCGCAGCAACAAUGAGGCGCAGUGUGUCAAGGCACUAUGUUCUUAUAAUGAUGGCUUGGAAUUCCGCGAAAGCGAGGCUACUAGAUCGUCGACUUGUCCCAAUACCUUUGCUGUGGGUGAAACCGUAAUUCUGAAGUCCCCGGAUAAACAUGUGUUAGGAUUGCCUUUAAAUCAGCACAUUCAACAGAUUGGCAGAAUACAGCACUUUGACAAAGACAAAGAGUUUUGUUUUGUCAACUUUGCUUCUUGCUCUUCUUUGGUAAAAUUGCCAAUUGGUUCGCUGUUAAAGAUCAGUCAGCAACAAACAUCCAGCCGACAGUCUGCGGUGAGAUGUACUGGAGAAGAUUGUGAUCAAGGCUCCAAGCAGGAUAAAGGAAACACCAUUUUGACGAAAUUUAAUGUAGUAGAAGACAUAAAUGGAAGACAUGUAAUGUUUGAUAAAGGGUUAUCUGAUGACAGUGUAGGACAACGAGAUUGUCAAAGAUCCACUGGCGCAUCCAGUCUCUCUGAGAAUUCCGAUGACGUUGGCCAAAGGCAAAGUGACGUCACUCGCUGUUGCCUUUGUCAAGAAAAUGAAUGUGACGUGAGGUUUGAUCCCUGUGGUCAUCUUGUUUCAUGCUCUGGCUGCGCAAAGUAUUUCAAAAAGUGUUUCUUUUGCAAGAGUAAAAUUUUGUCAACUGAAUCAAGCAAUGGUUUUGCAAUCUGCUUCGUUUGCCAUCAGAAUCAAUCUUGUGUAUUGUUUCUGCCUUGCAAACACACGGUGACUUGCCAAGAUUGCUGUUUGGAUUUAAAACAUUGCGUGGAAUGCAAAAAGGAAAUUGCCGAGAAGAUUGGUGCAGACGGAAAUAAAAUCAAAGUUGAGCAAAGACGGUGGCAAUCACUGGAAAAUUUGCUGUCAUCCGUUGACAGAUUAAGGUCAAAAGUCAUGACCCUAGAAAGCAAGUCAAAGUGUCAGAUCUGCUCAGUUAAUAACAAGGAUGUGUUUUUUCAGUGUGGACAUGCAACAUGUGAAGUUUGCGGGGAAAAGCUGAUUGUUUGCCCAACUUGUCAUGUCAAAAUAGAAGUUAAAACUCUGCAUGGCUUGUAAAGUCUCAGAAAAUAUCGUUUAUUGCAUUUUAUGUUUGAGUGAAGAAUUUUAUGACUAAUAGCAAGAGCAGAUAUAUCUGAUCUUCCUAAGAAGGUAUUAAUAAAUUUCGAAAAACAUCCACAUUUUCAAAAUUAUUUAUGUGAUAUUGUUGUGUCAAAUAGAAUAAGUUCAUUUUACUUCAGAUUUUUUCUGUGUAAAUCAAAAUACGCUUCUAUCUUUCUAUGCUUUAUAUGGUUCAAAAACAAGCUGCACUUUAUCCUAUAAUUUAUAAUAAAGACCUUCUAUGUGCGUACAUACAAAUUUACCCACCAUAGAGGAUCUCCUCUUUGACUAAGUUAGUGCUAUAUAAGCGAUGUGAGUUUGCCAUUUAAUGUCACAUUGAAGGACCCUAUUAUUGAUGCAUUUAGCAAAAAUGAAAGUCAUCCCAGCAUUUUUUUGAUUAAACGUAACAUACGAUAUAUAAACCUUUUUUCUUUAGUUCCAGUCAAUCAGCUAUGUUAAUAUGGAAAAUAAAAUAAACAAACCAGAGAGUUCGAAGAAAACUAGCGCUACACUCUCUGUUGAUAUCAUAAAGAAAUUAAAGGAAUAUAUCAUGCUUAAAUAGCUGAACACUUUAACUCAAUGAAUCCUAUCCUGCGAAUUCCCUGGUCUUCUAAAGGGUGCAGAUAUAUCUGCAAUCCAUAAAAAUUCUGACCUUACCUCUUGUAUUAAUUAAAGGCCUAUUAGCCUACCACCAGCAAAGUCCAAAGUUUUCGAGCGCUUGUUAGAAAAACAAAUCGCCCCUUUUUUAGACAUCAAAAAAUCAAAUCUGUUAUGCAUUUAUAGAAAAAACUAUUGUGCUAAGUAUGUACUAAUCAGAUUGAUUGAGAAAAUACGCAAGACUAGAGAUUUGAAAGGCGUUGCGGUCAUGAUCUCUUUGGAUCUAACAAAGGCAUUUGAUUGUAUGCCUCAAGAUCUGCUUGUUUUCCAAAUUGAACGCAUAAGGUUUCGGAAUGCAGAGUUGAUUGCAAAUUACCUCUCAAAUAGAAUAAAAAUACUAAAAAUAUGUACGACAUAUUGUAAUUUGUUGAAAACAAAGACCGGUGUACCAUAAGGCUCUGUGCUAGGUCCGUUGCUCUUCAAUAUUAUUGAGGAGUCGGAGGUAUGCAAUUCUGCAAAUGAUAAUACUAUUUUCUCUUGUGACAAUUCUUUUGAAGUUGUUGCCUCAAGUCUUGAACAAGGCUAUGUCUAAAUCGAUGUCCUGGUUUAGAAUAAGCCAAAUGGUUGUGAAUACAUCAAAAUAUCAAGUUAUGCUAUUCGGCUUGAAAGCAUAAUUUUAGAAGUAGGCGAAUGUUCAAUUGAUGUUACCAACAGUACCUCUUUUGGGGGUUACAGUGGAUUCUAGAUUGAAAUUUAACCAACAUGUAUCAAAAGUCUGUAAAACAUAAACAGCAAGAUUAAUGCUUUUUCCAGGGUUUCAAAUUAUCUUGAUUAAAACCUGUCUCUUAUUCUUAGCAACUCUUGUCUCUUGGUAUAGAUGUUUUGUGGAAAAGAUGCCAACAAAGACUUGAACUGCACCAUAAAAGAGCACUUCGAAUUCUACACAAUGACUAUUCCCUCCUCUUUUGAUGAACUUCCACACAAAUAAAAUUAAUGCACAAUCCUUACUAAAAACUUGCAAAAACUAAUGCUUGACAUUUAUUAGAAAACCCAUCUUUCAUGUGGGAUAAGGUUCCAGGUCAAGAAUAACCAAUAAAAUUAACGGCGAAAGAGCCUGCUAAUGUUGCCUAAAACUAGCACUAUUAGAUAUGGAAAUAGUAGUGUAAUCUUUUGUGGUAGCAUCUUAUGGAACAAACUUCAAAAUGACAUUAAAAGCAUGACCUCUGUCUGCUCUUUAAAAAAACGCGUUACAAGAUGAAGUGGGGAGGAUUGCAAUUGUCAAUUUGCAGAAAUUAAAAACAUUUUAUUCCAGGUAUUAAUCCUUUAUCUUCUCAUUGAUCGAUUCCUUAGCAUUUUAUUGUAUUUAGAUAUGAGUGUUUAUUGUAAAUAGUUGAUGUCAAAUAGUUUUCUUUAUAAAAUCUAUGUAAAAACCAACUUUAAAGAGUUUCCAAAUGAUAAUAAAUAAUAAUAGCUUCCCCAAAUUUUCGGUAAAUAAAAAACUAGAAUAAGCCUAAAGUAUUUAUUCAAAUAAACCUUUAGUUCACAACAUAUACAUUUAACAAAAGUCAAUAAGUAAAACAGCGUCAGCAAGAAGAUUGCCACCAUUGGGGCUAAAUGGAGAAAUAGGAUAUUUUCUUUACAUUGCUGGCCCCUCCAGUUCAGGAUUAGUGGCGCAGGCCUCCAACGUAGGAUCAGUGGAAAAGAGAAAAAGAGCAACAGCCAACAUUGCAGAUUCACCACAAAGGGAAGAAAUUAAAAGCCAAGAUAAAAACCUAAAGCAAUCAACACACGCUCAGGGAUCCAAUGUGUUACAAAGAAAUGCUGCCUUCUUUCCAGGCCAUUGAGCUGCAGGAAAUAAAAAUACUUUUCCUUCUACAGCAUUGAACAUGCUACAGCAUUCUACAGAGGGAAUUUUCUACAGCAUUAAAAUAGAUGGCAGCGCCAACAAGGACAUCAGAGAUCAUAAGUUUGUCAGUAGUACAUUAUCAAUGACUAAUGGCGACAGGUGUACACAGUUUUUAUGACAAUGCACCUUCCAGAAAGAGGAGGGGCCCAUGGCUUCUCGAGGCAGUGAAUCAAGCUUUCAAGGUACGAGUGGCAGACGGACAUGCACAAACUAGUCGGCAUUACAACAGGUGUGAAACUGCAAAUACUGGGCGAAAUUAUCAGCUUGGGAACCUUUUUGGUGAACAGUGGGAACGGAACAUUUUAGUGAUGUGCCCCUCCUUCAGAUCUUGCAACCGAGGCAAUUAUCAAUUCUGUCCAAGAACUUAAGAUUUGGAAAUUAUCACUGAUUGGUGUUGUUGUAUGUUUCCGUGCCUCGACGUCAAAGAUGAAAAUGCUGGAGAAGGCAAUUACUGAGGUGAAGUACUUUCCACGAGAUCAUGACGUAAAGUUUGCUCAACUUUUCUCCUCACUUAUAGAUGCUGUUCUUGCGAACAUCAAAGGAUGUAAAGAGGUUUGGAAUGAAUUGCAAGAAGUGGUGAUCACACAGAUGAGAAAGAAGCAUCAAGAUAUCUAGAUAUUCCCAGAGAAAUUAUUCUAAAAUCUAACAUAUAACAUCUAGACACAGAGAGCAAGACAAAUAAGACAACAUUUUGAUGCCAGCAGGUGUCAGCUAACAGAAGAAAUGAAGCUU